AUGGAUUAAAAUAUCAGCAAAUUUAUUGAUAGAAAACCUCUAAAAGAUAAUCCAAUAAGCAUACUUGGGUAACCUGUAGCCCCUAGUAUGAAUUUGGACAAUGAAAAUAUGGAUGAUGAUGAUAAUUAGUUUAAUCAAAACUAACCCAAAUCAAAGUCUAACAUUCGAAGCCUAGAUGCCCUAAGUUAAGAUAGUAGUCCUAAUAAAUUAAACUCUGGAAAAGUAGUAUCCGACCUAGUCCCUUAAUAAUAAAAUCCUUAAAUGGUUUCAGUCAAGAUAAGCUCCUCUAAAAAGAAAUGGAUUAUUGGUCUCACAGCUCUUGUUAUUAUCGGUGUAAUUCUUGGAGGUGUCUUAGCCUAUAAACUUAAAACUGACAAUCGCAGUGAUGAAUAUAAAGAGGUGAUAAAAAUACCUGCUAAUUAUAAUUAAUACAAAGAGUCCAUCUUGUCAGGUUAAAAUAAUAAUUUAGUUAAAAUUAUUCAAGUACCAAAAAGUUAGAAGAUUUAUGAAUACAAGCUCUAUAAUAAUCAAACUACUGUCUAAGGUGAUGGGCAGAAAAAAAUAACUAAUUCAUUAAUUGUUCACUAAUUUGGUCUUGUUUGUUCUAAUGUUACUGAAGAUGAAUUUUAGAUGUUCAUUUAUAUUAUUGACACAAAGAUGUAUGAGAACAACAAUUUGAAUAAUUAAUUAACUGGAUUCCCAGGAAUACUUGAAAAGGAGUAAGCCGCAGCAAAGAGAAAUUUGAAAUAAUCUUAAAAACCUGAAGAUGUUGCUAAUGAUAGCAGUGAAUUUAGAAACAAGUAAUCAGAUAAUGCCCUUCAAAACGAAUACGCUCCAUUAAAUGAUGAAGAAAUUAAAAUGUUGGCUUAGAAAGGUAUUACUCCUGAAUAAUUCUACUAAUCUAGAUACCCAAUUAUUUAUUUCACUUUGGAUAAGAACAGUAAAGUGAAGGAAAUAUAAUAACCUAUCAACUUGCGUUUAGAUAUCUUUUAGAUCUAUUUGAAUAUAAUUGAGCAAGUCACUCCUAUAGUUAAAAGUGAUUUUUACUAGAUUACUGAUUAAAAUGGUAAUAAGAAGAGAAUGCUUUCAAUGUAUACACAAAGAAUCCUAAGUGGUGAAGAAGUAAACCCUAAGCUUACAGCUUCUAUUGAUGAACACGGUUAGGCAAAUCUUAGCAAAUAAUUCGAAUAAAAUAAGGUUAAUAGUAAUGAUUCUUCAUAAUCUUAAGAUUACAGCUAAAACUCAGUUAUCUAAAAUGGUUCACUGCUUGAAAGUAGUGCUAAGUCCAAUUUUAAGAUGGAUGACCACAAGGUAGAUGAAAAUGGAGAUAUGCCUUUAUUCAAGGGUAUAGAAAUGAAUUCUGAAUGUAAAAUAGCUUUUAUACGUCAAGAUGAUAAGAUUGAUGACAACUUAUUUAAUUUAAUUCAUACGACUUUUAACUAUAUGAGUGUCCUUCCUUAAACUCUAGACGAAGCUUUAGAUACUUACAACUCUGUAUUUAACACAUCUACUUAAAAUGGUAAUUCUCACACUGAUUUAGAUGGUGAAAAAAUUAAUGGUAGAAUUCUUGAAAAUAAGGGCGCUUCUCUUUCUCCAGCUAUAUAAAAGCCUAUAUUCAGAAAAAAUAUAGCUGCCUUCGAAUUUGGUGCAGAUGUAAGGUCUGAGUGCAAUGAUUCUGGAUUCAUAGGUAAAGAAGAUAUUUGUACAGUUGGUCUUUACAGCUACUUUAAUGGUGCUUCUAUCAAAAUCGUAGAGAAACAAACAAGAGUAAAUGUCUCUAAAAUCCUUAAACUCUAUCAAUAUAUUUAGCACUUGCUAAAGGAUAAGCUUGAUUUAAUCAAAGAUAAAGUAAAUGGAAGACUUACAACAAUUAAAAAUGAUAUAGAUGGCCUUAUGGAUGAAUUAGAAAUAGUCAUUUCUAUUGAUAAAAAUCCUGUUUUGAAAGAAAUAUACGAUGUUGUAAAUAAUGACGAGCUACAAAUCUUCAAUUUAAUUGCUGAUUUAGAAUAGUUCCUCAAAGUUACUGUCUCUAACAUCACCAAACUUAUCAAAGAUCCAUUAGGUACUUUGAAAGAAAGAAUGCUUGGAUUUUUAUCAAGUAAUAAUAUAAGUAUUGAAAAUUAAAUUAAUCACAUUCAAAGCUUCCUCAUCGAUAGACUUGCAAAGAUGAAAAAGCUUAUUGAUUUAGCUUAAACUACAGGUAUCCCUAGCAGCUCUUAUUAAUAGAUUUAUCUUACUCUUGAAAAUCUUGAAGAUGUUUUAAUUUAAAUUAUUGAUGAACCCUUAAAGUAAUAUCUAGAUCAAGUUGAAGGUUUUAUUUUAGAAUAAACCAACACAAUGUUUGCCUCAAUUAAUGAAGUUGAUAAAUCUAUUUCCUCAUUAAAUCCUACUUAAACUGUAGCAAACAGAUUAAAAAAGAUCAUAGGUACUUCUCAGAUUGUUGACACAUUGAAAUCCUUUAUUAGCAAAACAGUCAAAACAAUCGGUUAAUAAUAUGAUUUAUCAGAUUUAAUGGCAAAAGCCUUGAAAUAAUCCAUCAAUUCUAUUAAACAAGAAAUCUAUCAAAAACUAGAAGAUCUCUAACAAAAAUUCCCAAGCUCUUCUCAAAAUGCACUUUCAAAUCCCGAAAUAGAUCAGCUUUUAAGCGAUUUCUCCAAUAUUACUAACUUUGCUGUAGAUCUCACUUCUGGUAUUAAAGAAUUGAAGGAGGAUGUCAUUCAAUUAGUCUAAACUGUUAAGAAACUAUAAGAAAAAAAGACUCUUUCUAUAAUUACUGAUCUAAUUUAACAACUUUCCCAAUUCCCUACUGACUUAUUACAGAAAUUAACUGAAUAAGGAAAGGAGACUAUUUCUAAAGCUAAAGAUGUUGGUUCUUAAAUGAAAGAACACAUCCUUAACUGGAAAGAUAAUCUUGUUGAAAAGUGCAAGAAACUUCUUUCAGAUUUGUCAGAUAUCUAUGCAGAUGUUAAGAAAUUUUUAAGAAAUACUGAUUUCCCUGAAGAUGAUCCAAAUUAUUAUAAAGCAGCUAUAUUUGAUGAAGUUUAGGAUAUAGUUGAAUCUGUACAAAGUAUUAUUCACUAUAAUUAUGAUGCAAUAGGAUAAACUUUUAAAAGAUUCUCUUAAAUUCCAGACAAAUUUAUCAAGUUUGUUAAUGAUUUAAAGCUUUUAGGUUAACGUUGCAUGAACUACUUUGGAGAUAUUAAAAUUGCCUUUACUUAAAUUUACAUUGAUGAAAAGGAAGCUUGGAGUGAAUUAAGAUCAUUGUUUGAAUAACCUAAGGAAGAUAUUAGACAAUAAAUUUAACUCACUAUUGAAACUGAAUACAAUUAAAAUCUUAACAAAAAAGCCAUACCAGAAAUAAAUAAUGAUAUUAACGGGUUAAUGAAUAAGGACUUAGCAGCUUAUAAGGGAGAUGUUUAACAAAACAAUUUUGAUGUCUAAACACUAUAUAAAGACCUAAUCCAUAAUCUCAUAGUUGAGGCUUAGUUUGAAAAAAUAAUUGAAACUCCUCCACUCAGUAUUCCUUUUGAGUACGUUUACAUGUAUCCUACUCCUAUUGGCGUGACCCUCAAGCUCAGAUUAUAUGCAAGUUGGGAUAAUAGCUUGAGAUUCAAAUUAGCUUUUUACAAUGCUACCCUUGAUGUAGCAGCUGGUCUUUCUACUAAAGUAACAAUAGGAGGAGAAGUCGGAGCCACAGUUUUUGUUGCAGAAGUAGGUGGUUAUGCCGAAGGUACUUUCUUAGAUACCUCUCUUAUGUUAGGCCUUACCUUUAAAGUAUUAGAAAAGUUCAAAGGAUCAUUUUAUAUUGAUGCUACUUUUAGUCCUUAUUACAUCAAAAUGGGUUUAUAUUAUAAGACUAUUUUUAGUAUUGAGGUAUUUAAAUGUGCAGCAGAAAGGAGAAGAAAUUUAGGAAUCCUAUCUGCUAUUGGAGGUUUUCUCAAAAGUACUGUAGGUGCAGUUUUAAAGAAUUCGAAGAAUCCUAUUGCUAAAUUAGUUAAUAAAGCAAUAAAUUGUCUAGCUACUUUAGAAAUUGGUACCAAAAGACAUGAUAUUUUUGAACCUCUAAGCUUAAAGGGUGAAACUUACAAAAAACGUUUAUAUGAAGUUGAAUUUGGCCCUCUAUAAAAAAAUAUAUGA